AUGAGGAAUGGACAAGACAAUCUUUGAUUUGCUAAAAAAAAAUUUUAGACAGUCUUAAGCGCUUGGAAAAGUCUUAAGCGCCUGGAAACAUGAGAAAUUGCUACUGCUGGCAGAUCUGCUCCGUGAAUCUGGGGAAGAUAGUCUCAUACAUCUCAAAGGAAAAGCAGUUAUCCCGUACACACUUACCUCACGCGCAUGAGUCUCCUCUGCUUGUGACACCAGCCUGGUUAUUCGAGAUUAAAUCUCUUCCUCAUCACGAUCCAAGAAACACUUUAAUCCAAGUUUUAAAGACAAGAGACGCGAGGGAAUUCCCAAUCAACCAACCGGGAAGAGAAGAAUAUGUAACACAGAACAAGGUGUCAAAUGGAUGUAUCUUGGACAAACGAUCAGUCUGCUUUGGAUGGAGGUUUUGUUAUAGAGCAGGAAUCGGGAAUCAUGGUCUUUGGAUCUCUAGGAAGGAACCAAGUCCAUCCACCCAUUCACAUGGAGUUCAACACACCACUAUGAGCAAUGAGUAACCCUCUUUGUAUGGGUUUCCAUCUAUGCAUUUUGCAUUGGAUUAGAUGAAAAUGGUGAAGCCGAUCGAUGACGAAGAAAUACAAUUGUCUCUCUCGCUAAAGAAUAAGAAUAUAUUGUUUACUUUCGUUCUAUGUAAUUCACCUUAUUUUUACUAUUUUUUAUUUCUCUCGAUUUUUGUUUUCGAACUGACAUCUUUGCAAAAUGAGUUUGUGCAAUUGUUUCUAAAUUUUCUAUAUAAACUAUAUGGUUAUGUCAUAGUUAAUUUCUUAUGCUAAUCCUUUAGAACCAGUCUAAAUAUAUAUAGAAUUUUUCAUAAUAUAAUUAGUAAUUGGAGUUUAACGGU